AGACCAUCAACCAAUCACACCGCUUCUUACAAUCAUCUGCUUCUGGCGGUCAGGGAUGACACUUUAUGGAGCGUCUCAGCCUGCCCAGACAACAUAUCGAGGUGUUGAACGCACGAGUGAAGGCAGCCAGAUAGACAGGAUUUAGUCAUUCAUACUCAAAAUGGCGACCAGCGACAAUCUCCAUAUGUUUGAAGACCACCCGCGUUGGGAAGAGUACAAGUUUGAAAAGCUGCGUCCCUCUACGACGUCAUCUUCACCUGGAAAGAGGGUGAAGAAGAGGUACCAGCCACGUCGGUCUUUGGUCCGGAAGGAAGGAAAGAGCAACGUCGCUUACAGAGGUAUCAGAAAUAAGGGACUGCAUUAUGUGAAGGACUUUUACAAUAGCUUACUUGAUCUAAAAUGGCGGUAUGCAUUUUUGGUAUUGUUUGGCGGUUUCUUAGCGUCAUACCUAACUUUCGCCAUCUUAUACUGGGUGUUAGGGUACGUGCACGGCGACUUCCAUAACCUCCACAACCCGCAUUGGGUACCUUGCUUUAUGAAGGUCACGUCUUUCUGGGACAGUCUGUUAUUCUCGAUCGAGACCCAGUCGACAGUUGGCUACGGGACCCUGUACCCGUCUCCAGAGUGUGGGGCCGCCAACAUCCCUCUCGUGUUCCUACAGAUGACCCUCGGCGUUCUCCUUGAGGCCGUCAUACUGGGCAUGGUGUUUGUGAAGAUUGCCCGCCCGAAGAACCGAUGCCAGACGAUCAUGUUCAGCCGAAGCGUGUGUGUGUGCCAGGAAGACGGCGAGAUGUGUCUCCAGAUCCGUGUCGGCGACCUACGAAGUAAGACCCACCUGAUUGACGCUAGUGUGUAUGCAAUGGUAGUCCAGAAAAACAUAUGCAAGGAGAAGUAUGUGUACCCCUUGUACCAGCACAAUAUGGAACUCACAUCGAACGGCAUUAAGGAAAAAAUCUUCCUCAUCUGGCCGAUGGUGCUGUCUCACAAGAUCACUGAAAACAGCCCGCUGUGGAAUGUCAGACCAGAGGAUUUGUUUCUUGACAAAUUCGAGAUGAUCAUCUUCCUGGAAGGGACUAUCGAGACGACGGGCGAGCUGAUGCAGUCAAGGACCUCCUAUUCAGCUUCUGAGAUUAUCUGGGGUCACAGGUUUGCCCGGAUCGAAGAAUACGAUGAGAAAAGUAACUCAUGGUGCAUUGACUUUGUCCGCUUUGACAACGUGGUCCCCAGCCAGACCCCCAAGUGUAGUGCCAAGGAAGCCCAGCUCUUGUACAAAGGUACAGGCAUUUUCAAGAAUCUCGAGAAAGGGAGCAGCGGGAAAAGACGAGCCCAAAGCGAAACUGACGACAUUGACUCGGUCUCUAUAGCAUCUGUCGACUCAUAUGGGACGGCGUCGGAGUCUCAUAGCGACAACAACGACGACGACGAUAUAACAAGACGCCACUCAACAGCGAGCUUAUAAGGACCAAUACAAGAGGCAUCUAUCAUUUCAUGACCAGUGUUCACACGGGCUCAUUGUAUGGGAAAUUAAUUUCAUUUAUUGUAAAGGUUUAAUCACUGCGUAAUUUGUUUUCCGAAGGAUAGAAUUUGACAUUUUAUGUAGUUUAGAAAAUGUGGUACUUCAGUCAGUUAAUUUAUUGUAAAUAUUCAAAGAAGUUCAUUGUAUAUAUACACAUAUAUUAUAUACUUUUAAUCAUGUCUCAAUUGAUGUUUAUACAUAAAUAAGUUUGUUGAAUAAAUUCAUGUCUGCGAA